CACUCUUUUACAACAAUGUUGAACUCUUUACUCUCUUUCUUCAAUAGCAAGUCAUUAGACGACACAAUGGAACUCAGGAAGCCUGGCGUCAAAAAUGCUAUAUAUAGAGAUGAGUUGAGUAAGAAGCCAAUUUCAAAUUACAGGCAAAAGAUUAACUGCAGUUACUUGGAAAGUUCGGAACCACUGCUCAGCAAGAGGGAAGAAAAAGAAGAUCGAAAAGGAGUAGUGGUGAUGAGAGUAAAAGUUAAGAUGACAAAGCAAGAAGCAGCUCGAAUGCUUUCCAGGUGCAAAAAUGGAGGGGUUCUUGAAUUCAAGGAUGUGGCAAAUGAGCUCACAAAGAUUCCAAUCAAUCGUGUUACCCUUGAUCAGUCCCCUGCUUGUACUAGCAGUGCUGCAGGUCCCGUUUUGAAGAGCAUCCCUGAAGAAUAUUGAGAUCGGAGUUCCGUUGCAGCUUCCGUUAUUAGGAAGAAUACUAUUAGCUAGCACUAAUUCUUUUCCCUCCAUCAUAAAGUAGCAAAUAUAUUAGCAGGGGAGUUUACUUGAGAUGUUUUGUAAUAGACAUUUUCUUAAAAUUUGAAUUCGGAUAUUCAUUGUUGGUUGACAUUUAAAUUAAUCUCAUACUGAUUAAAGGAGCAUUGACCAACCCCAAUUCUAAACUUUGCUUGUUUGGGAGGUCCCCUGGGAGUCUUGGCUUGGACAUCAAUUAGUACUGUAGCAAGCAAAGACUUCAACUAGGUAGACAUAUGGUAAAGCUGGUUUUGAAUUUGGUGAAGACUCCAAUAUGAAGUACAUGACCCAGAGAAAUAUGAAG